AUGGCGGAUCCUUCUGCUAUCGAUCCAAUACUGGCAAAUGUCGCUGCCAUCAUUGCCACCAACGACACUAUUGGCACGGUCAGCGACAUUCCACAUGUAUUCAGCGAAGUCACGAAUCGUGCCCAAACGGUCGAAAAGACAUUGGAGACGGCCCGCAUUAAGCUCGAAAACAAAAUCAAGCAAACUCGAAACCAGAAUAGCUUGGGUGAGGUCCGUGUCUGGUAUCUGGAAGCACUAGAUCACAAGAAAUAA